UUGGCAAAACAACAGGUUCAUUCAACAGCGCAGAACCACUGCUGACCUCACUGUCUCUUUGUGAAGGGAAAAUCCAGAGUUGCAUUCUGUGAAAUGGCAAAUGGUCGACCAGCUGCGAGUGGAGCGCAUCUCUGUCUCUAACCUAACACAGGCCUACAGAUGAGCGCUGAAGAGCCCACUGCCACACUCUCCUCUGUACAACAGACCAUACAAGGAAAACAUGAAUAUUGAUGGAGAUACAUUAUCUGUGAUUGAGAAUCCUGUGGCAGUCAGUCAUUCUUUCCACCCAGAGAAGACAGGAUUGGGAGAGGCCCGAGGAGCUCAGAGUCAGAGCUGCCAUGCCUGGCUGAGAGGAAUCCAUUCUACAAAUCACAUGUCAGCCAAUAGACUGGUGAGAGUACUGGCUGCUGUGUGUGCAGUAGGACUUCUCGGAGGCUUAGCAGUCGGAGUGUGGUUCCUAGUCAGGUUGUUGUUGAGGCCUACCUCUUCCCAGAGCCCAGCUGGGCUGGGGGACACCAAGGAGACGUCCUUCUGUAACGUGACUGAGGACAUCUCUGUGGCUGACCCCAGGAAAGGUUCAGUGUUUUACAGAAUCAGCCCGGAGAACUCUCUCUUGGAGAUCCAGCUAGAGAAGGUGCCCACCUGGCUGCCUGUGUGCUAUGAGAGAUGGAACUCUUCCCUGGGGACCCUGGUCUGCCGCCAGCUGGGAUAUCUAAGACUGACCAAGCAAAAGGGGGUGAACUUAACCGACAUCGGACCAAACUACACAGAUGGCUUUAUACAGAUUACCUCCGAACACAAUAGCAGCCUGGAAAAUAUAUGGCAGUUAAGGGGGAGUUGCGUCACAGGGAAGGUUAUAGCUUUGAAAUGUUUUGAGUGUGGGACCCGGGCUAAGCUUCCCAGGAUAAUUGGGGGAGUUGAGGCUACCUUAGGAAGAUGGCCCUGGCAAGUUAGUCUCUACUACAGCAACCGACACACCUGUGGAGGCACCAUCAUCACCAGCCAAUGGGUGGUCACAGCAGCCCACUGUGUGCACAACUAUAGGCUACCACAGGUGUCCAGUUGGGUGGUCUACGCUGGUAUUGUCACACGCAGUUCAGCUAAAAUGUCUCAGUACAUUGGAUAUCCAGUGGAAAAGAUCCUCUACAACAAGAACUACAAUCCCAGGAGCCACGACAAUGACAUUGCUCUGAUGAAACUGCGAACCCCACUGAAUUUCUCAGAUACCAUCAGGCCUAUUUGUCUGCCACAGUACGAGCGUGAUCUUCCAGGAGGAACACAGUGCUGGAUCUCUGGCUGGGGCUACACUCAACCGGAUGAUGUUCUCAUCCCUGCCACGCUAAAAGAAGCUCCGGUUCCACUGAUAAGCACCAAGAAAUGCAACAGUUCCUGCAUGUACAAUGGAGAGAUCACCCCCCGCAUGCUCUGUGCUGGAUUUACAGAGGGCAAAGUGGACGCAUGUCAGGGGGACAGUGGGGGUCCUCUGGUCUGUCAAAUUGACAACGUGUGGAGACUGGUGGGGGUGGUGAGCUGGGGUACAGGCUGUGCUGAGCCCAACCACCCCGGAGUCUACACCAAGGUGGCCGAGUUCCUCGGCUGGAUCUACGACAUGAUUGAGAGCUACUGAGGAGGAAGAGGAAUAAGACAAUGGAUGAUCAGGGAGACUCAUGUAUGACCAGAACAGCAAACUGAAACAUAAGAUGCUCCUGACAUUCUUCCUCCUGUACUAUAUCUGUCAUUUUACCUCCUUAUAAUGGCCAUGUUUAUUGCAGAAAUGCAUACAUUAUUUAGGAAAUCAUUUUAUACUAUUUGUUUGUCAUACAUUUUAUUUUUAGCACCUGAAUGAGAACAUAUUUAUAUCAUAUAUUUGUCUUGUAAUGAAAAUAAAUUAUGCUUCAUAUCUAAACAUGU